CUAAGAUGGAGGAUUCAUUUCUGAAUUUUUGUGAUUGUGUCUUCCAGAUUACUCUCACCUUUCUUUUUAUGUUAUUUUUAAUCUACGAGAUGCGUGUAUAAGGACUUAUAGAUUCUAUUCAACAAAUCGAAGCAUUAACUGGAAUAAUGUGUAUUUUCUUACAUGAGAUAAGAUCCAAUUUACAAUAAGCAAUAUUUGGAAAGACAAGGUGUAUUAAUAAGCUACAGAAUUAAAUUUAGUAUAUAUUAAGAUCAUUGGGUUCAGAAGAUUUAUUUGCUUGUAUAUCAAAAAGGAACCAUUUUGAAGGUUUAACAAAAUAUAAUUAAAAUAUAAAAAAGAGAAUUCAUAUAUAUGGAGUCAUAUAUAUUGGAUUGAAUUUGAAUCAGUGCGAAAGAGAAAUUAUUUACAUUUUUAUCUAAUUGAAAAACUACAAUUUAAUUUUUUAAAUUUUCAAUAUGAUAGAAUCUAUAACAUUAGAACUACGACCUAGGCUUCAAAUAUGCAAUGUUUUUAUUCAUUUAAAGAAAAAAGUAAAUUCAACAGGAGCUACAGUAAAGCUUUCGAAAGAAAGUAUAAAAAUAACUAUAGAAAAUAAUACAAAAACAUUUUUAACAAAAUUUGUAAAGUUAAUACCAGAUUCAUUAUCAACAUUAAAUGUUACAAGCAAUUGGAUUUGUUUCCGUGUACAAACAAUAUCUGAUCCUGUAUUUGGAUCUUUUAAAACGCAAAUAAUUACCAAUCCAGCAUUCAAUGUUAAUUCUUUGAAUGAUUCUUUUAAAACUACUGAGUUAUUUAAUACUGGUAAAUGUCGUAUAAUGUGUGCUUGUUGCGAAAACAUUGUUUCUAAAAACAUGUAUAUUAAAAGGAUUUUACCUUUACCAGAUAUGAAUUAUGAUUCAAGCGAAUGGUUUUGUUGUAAACACAAUCAUAGUAAUACUAUGCAUAAUUUGAUUCCAUCAGAGUCUGAGAUUUUCUAUGGGCCACUUUUCUUCAUCAUUCAUUCAAAUUUACUUAAUCACAACUUAAAAAUAGAUGAAAAUGUUGUGAUUUGUAACAGAUGUUUACAAUAUUUAGGGAAAAUUCUUCCAGAUAAUUCACUUAAAUUAUGGAAUUGUGCUGUGGAUUACAAUUUAUUAAGUAACUCACAAAGUAAGACUGCAACAGAUCCCUUUAAUGAUUUUUUACUUGCUAUUAAAACUUCAAUGAUUGGUAUGAUUGGUGAAGAAAUAAUUUUGCAAUGCUUUAUAGGAAAAGAAAUUCAGUCUCUCAUUUUAAAACCAAUGGAUUGGCACUUAAAUUUAAUGAUUGAGCCUAAGGAAAUGUCAGACGAUAAUAUUGUAACUUUGCAAAGAAUAUCAGUUGUCAAAGUAUUAUAUAAAUAUGAAACAGACAAAAAUAUUAUUGAUUCUGUAAAUAAAUCGUAUUGUGAAGUUAGUUUUUCAGUAAUAAGAGCAGGUUUGGAACAUUUAUUAGCAUCAACAAAACGAUUUCCACGACUUCAUAGAACUGUAACUGAUUAUUAUAUUGGACAUAUAUGCCUAGAAAAUUUUACAGACAAUACUUAAUAAUAAAAAAUAUCUUUUGUGUUUUUUAAAUAUAACAAAUUUUGAAUAUUUCAUAAAUAAUUUUUU